AGAAAACAUUCGUUGCCUUCAGGAUCUGACGAUUAUCAACAUAUAUUGAAAGAUAGAAACAUAUAGAAAACAAUGUGGCCCGCCCCUGGAUAUAGUUCGGGAAAUGUUGAGAGAUAUAUCAGAGAACAACGAGUUGUCCAGAGUUCCGGCAAUGGUUAUUUCAGCGAACAGAGAACAGUUGAAAGUUUUCACCGCGAGCAGAGACCAGUCUAUGGCUCGCAUUCUCAAGCUUUAAGUAUAGGACCACCUAUGCAAGGAUCAAAUUUUCAACAAUUCGGUCCAGCCCCUACAGACCAAAGGAGUCGGUAUGACUUCAACACUGUUGGAAACCCUGGACCUGUUACACCUAUAGGACACAGUGAUCAAUACAGCUCAAACCCGUUGCAACACUUUGACGCUUUAACACUUGGAGGACCCAGUGAUCCGUAUGGAAGCCGUUCCACACCAAGAGGAAAUUAUGGCUCUGCUGGACCAAGCACUUAUGGAAACCCCGGUCAAUUAACAUAUGGACAAUGCAAUGACCAGUCAGGCUUAAAUCCUUUUGGAAACAUUAGAAGCAAUCCUGGCAUCUUCACACCUCGAGGAAACAGUGUAUGUAUUCAUAGUGCGCAACAUAUUGCAUGAUAUAUCCAUUCCAACAGUAGUAACGUUUCUUUAUUUAAUUUUAACGAAAUAAAGACGUAUGAAAUAUGAACGCCGGUGUAACAUCAAAUUUUGACCACGUAGAUCAAUGACGCAUGCGUUGAGAAUUAACUCUUGGCCAUUUUCAACAUCGAGAAAUGACCCUGCCAACAUUUCAACAUUUAAAUUUGAUGUAAAGACGAUGAGACAUGAUGAGUCGUUAACAUUUGAUAAAAAUGGGACCAAUUUUUUCGAUUGGUUAUAUUCCAAUUAAACGUUAGAUACCGUUAAAUUGUGAUAUAGCACUCGGACUAAUCAGAAACUCUCCCAAUCUUCUUUUAAAUCACUUCAUAAUGCCAAGUUCAGACUCAAACUAACAAUUCCUCCGAGAUAGGCAACAUCAUAUUUAUGUUGGGCAGGAAAAUGUUUACUUAAUUUAAAGAUCAUUCAUCGUUUAUUUCUUGAAAUAAAGUACAAUAAAAUAAAACUUAUUUCAGUUACCAUUUCUGUUGUUUAUUGCAAAGAUUCAACGGGAUAUCGUUGCUAUUUAUAAAAAAAAGGCAUGUCCUGUCAUUACAACGGAAAGCUAUGAAUAUUUCGGACGAAUUUGAAAGCA